AUGGUAUGGCCAUUUGGAUCGCGGAAUUCCCACAAGGAAAAUGAGGAGAGACUCAGAGAAGAGGCGAAGCGGUUGCCGGUAUCAUGGACGGAUACAAUAACCCGUUUUAGAUCAGACACUUUCGGUGCUGCAAAAGACUGGGCUCCUAUGGUGGUAUUCCCUCUCGCAGGCAUGGCAGCUCUGCAGAUUUACGCAAACUACCUACGCCGAAUACCCGGGACAGCAUAUGUGCGGCCCAACUUCUAUCGCAAUCGAAGUCUCUUUGGUCGGGUCACUAGUGUUGGCGAUGGCGACAACUUCCACCUCUUUCACACACCUGGUGGGCGAGCUUUUGGCUGGGGUUGGUUGAGAAGAGUUCCUGAUGUGCGCAAAGAGUUGAAGGAUCGAACGAUCCCAAUUCGCAUUGCCGGUGUCGACGCACCAGAAUGCGCCCACUUCGGACGACCAGCCCAACCAUUCUCCGCCGAAGCCCUUGCGUGGCUGCGUAGCUACCUCCUCAAACGCAAUGUUAGAGCAUACAUCUACAAACGGGACCAGUACGAUCGAAUUGUGGCGACAGUAUACACGCGGCGGUGGCUGUUGCGAAGGGAUGUGGGCCUGGAGAUGAUCAAGGCCGGUAUGGCGACGACAUACGAAGCCAAGCAGGGGGCCGAGUUCGGCGGAAGGCAAAAGCUAUACGAGAAGGCUCAAGCCAAAGCAAAGCAGAAGCGCAAGGGAAUGUGGUCCGGCAAGGCUAAAGAUUUCGAGAGUCCAAGAGCUUACAAGGCCAAGUGGGCUGGGUCUGAGAAGACCGGUGCUUGA